GAAUCUUCCAUCUUUUUGUUGAUCGUGAUGACGUACCCAGGUGGGGAACGCGGUGACCGACAACUACUACGACAACAUCGGCACCGUGACCUACUGGUGGACGCACGCCAUGAUCUCCGACGGCACCUACCGGGCCAUCCUCAAGCUCUGCAACUUCAGCAGCGCCAACGUCUCGAAUGCCUGCAACCGCGCCAUGAGCUACGCCAUGAACCACGAGUUCGGGGACAUCGACCAGUACAGCAUCUACACGCCCUCCUGCCACGCCACCUCUGACUCGUCGGCGGCAUCCGGCAACUCCACUGCACCCCGCAGGCACCGCCGUGCAGUGCUCAGGUUCAAGGACACCCUCAUCCGCCGGAGGUCCAACAGCUACGACCCCUGCACCGAGACCUACGCCGAGAAGUACUACAACCGGCUCGACGUGCAGAGGGCCAUGCACGCCAACACCACCAGGAUCCCCUACAGAUGGACCGCCUGCAGUGAUGUGCUCAUCAAGACAUGGAACGACUCCGAGUUGUCGAUGCUGCCGACGUACAGGAUGCUGAUCAAGGCUGGGAUCAGGAUAUGGGUGUUCAGCGGCGACAUGGAUUCGGUUGUCCCGGUGACAGCGACGAGGUUUUCGCUCAGUCACCUUGGUCUGAAGACUAAGAUCCGCUGGUACCCAUGGUACUCAGCCGGUCAGGUAGGAGGGUGGUCUGAGGUGUAUGAAGGGCUGACAUUUGCGUCGGUGAGAGGCGCAGGGCAUGAGGUGCCACUGUUCCAGCCAAGGAGGGCCUUCAGGAUGUUCGUGUCAUUCCUGGCGGGGAAGCCAUUGCCCAAAUCCUGAAGGUGAACUGAUGAUGUGCAGCGUGAUGCCUAGCUAAAGGUCUGAAAACUGUGUAAGAUGGAUGGAGAGAGUGAUGUAGAGUGCCUGCAAGUAGUAGAAAAUAACUAGUAGUAGUUCAUUGGUGACGA